GGUAGGAAAAUUCAGAACCCAUUAUUUUCCCUCUGUGCUGGUGAAGGAAAACUUUAUAAGCGUCUCCCAACCCACUUCUCUCCUGCAAACCGUUCGUACUCACUCCACUCUCCCUCCCAACGCAUCUCCACCUGAGAUAGGAAUGGAGACCAACACAGAUAAGAGUGAGAAUGUUGAGGAAGAGGAAGAAUACAUAUUGCUUGAUUUGGAUAGCAUUCGUCCCAAUAUCCCAGCCAAUGCAUCAUACACGCUCUCUGGUUUGAAUACAAUGAACCCGGUUCUGACAAUAGGUGGUAAACUGAAGCUGAUAGGGGAGUGGCAAGAAACAAUAGGAACAUUCUUUGUUUUUUCUGAAAGUGAUGAGUCAACACCUGUGAUGCACGAGGAAACAGGACCAUCAGAAACUAAUAUGUUCAAAGGAAAAUGCAUUGUUGAAUCUGAUGAAAAACCUCGAAAGCAAAUUAAAUCUGUUUGCAACCUUCAAAAGGUUCUCAAAUUCAGGUUGCCUUCCAACAAAGGCAACCAUUGAGAAAGAAGCAGCAACACCAUUGGACCACCAAUCCUCUGUUUAUGUUCUAAUCAUUUCUGAAUGUUACAGGGAAUAAAUACUUUUUUAUUUUUUUUAUGCUGUUAACAAUUACAGGGAACGAAUGCUAUUGAUCCAUAUAACCAUAGAAAAUUCAUGGUCGUUAGUGUUCAUCACUGCCCAUCAAGUAAACAGAUAGUGAUCGAGUGGGACCUCCACUUGGAUCAUGUGUACUCAUUGAUUAGAUGGAGAUGACUCUGACUACCAUUAAUUUUGAUUGGUCAUACAAAUCAUAGUGUCUUCCUUGUCAUAAUUGUCAUUUUCUUCUUUUUUUUCUUUUAUCUCCUUCAUAUUUCUUUUAGUUUCAGUAGUUUUUGGCCCUUUUGUGGGGCAAAGCAUAUAACUGUGAUCCGGAUGACAUGCCAACAACUGUGAGCAUUUGCUUGUAUCAAAGUAGAAAGCAUUGGAGGUCACUUUUUUGUUGUGGAUGCUUUAUUUCUAUGAAGAAACUAUCAUGUUAGAGAGAGAGUGAGAGAUGCAAAAGAAGAAAAGAAGUAUACAGAAGUCUUAUGGCUAAAUUUUUAUCCAAAACACUUUUGAGAACC